UCACUAAUUUUUCCGGUGGCGUCGUUGUCGCAUAAAUUUCUUAUUUUUAAAUUAGAGCUGCACUAUUUUCAUAAAUAUGUUGAGCCGUAAGCGUCGUGCUAGCUCAAUAUCAAGUCGGCAAGACGAAGAUCCAUUGUUGCUUGACGACUCGACGCCAGAACAGUCACCGGUUCAGCAGACACAAACGGCGCGAAAAAAGCGGCGCUUAGACCCAACAGAGCUGUGCCAACAGCUGUACGACGCGAUACGCAACAUUAAGAAGGAAGAUGGAUCAAUGCUGUGUGAUACCUUCAUAAGAGCUCCUAAACGUCGUCAGGAGCCCUCCUAUUAUGACGUGGUGGUAAACCCCAUCGAUUUGCUAAAAGUACAACAAAAACUGAAAACAGAUUCUUACGACGAUCUGUACGACAUGAUGAAUGACCUGGAAUUGCUGAUAAGUAAUGCCAAGGCAUUCUAUAAGCCUGACUCGCCCGAGUUUCAGGACGCAGUGGCUCUGUGGCAGCACAUACAGUCGCAUCGACAGCGCAUUAUGGAAGCGAAUGGCUUCGCGGAGGAGGAACCACGUGCUAAGCGUGCACCUCGGAAUGCGCGUCGGCUGACGAGUAGCACUGAGCCAGGUGCUGGGGACACUGAAGAGGAAUACAAUCAGUAUGAAGAGCUUUUCGCAUCUAUCAUGACGGCUACUGAUCCGAUUGGCGACAGGGCUAUGCAUCGCAUGUUCCAGCUGCUGCCGUCCAAGAAAAUUUAUCCGGACUACUAUGAUGUCAUCGAGCAUCCCAUUGACUUACGCCUGAUCGCUACCAAGAUACAAAUGAACGCCUACUCCUCUUUGGUGGAAAUGGAGCGUGAUCUGCUGCAAAUGACCAAGAAUGCGUGCCUCUUCAAUGAGCCCGGAUCGCAGAUCUACAAGGACGCAAAAGCCUUGAAGCGCAUAUUUACGCAGCGACGUCUAGAGCUGGAGAUGGGCAAGGUCAAGCCAGUCCGACGCCUAAAAAGCUUGUCAAGUGCUGCUAUAUCAGCGCUGAAAGAAGAACUGGAUAGCUCUGACGACGAGGAGACCAGCAAGAAAGGCGAGGGUCCCAUGUGGGCAUUAUUUGAUCAUUUGUACAAUGCUCCUGGCACCUCGGAGCAUCCGGGUGUCACCGGCCCGCCGCUAGGCAACUCUUUGUGGAAACUGCCAGUACGCCGCUUUCAUCCGGAGUAUUUUGAGUUAAUCAAACGCCCCAUUUCCAUGAGUCAAAUUCACACAAAGCUGAAGAAGGGCGACUAUGCGAAUAUAAGUGAUCUCACGGGUGACCUGUACUUGAUGCUGGACAAUGCCAAGAAGGCAUUUCCAGUCACGCACCGCACGCACAAGGAUGCUCUAAAAAUGCAGAAACUUAUGAAUGCAAAGCUGGUCGAGGAGUCACUGGAGGAAACCAGCGACAUGGACGAAGAUGAAACUGAUGAAACAUUCACGACCAGCGUGCAGCCAGAGAAACGCAAACCGGGCAGACCACGCGUCAAUUCAAGUUCCAGCACGGCUCUCACGUCAAAUAACUCAAACUCACCGAAAGCGAAUCGCAUUGCUAUAAACGCGGUCAUCAAAAAGAAAAUUCUCAGCAUCCAAAAAUACUUGGUGGACUAUACAGUGGGCAACCGACGGCCAAUCGAGAUGUUUAUGGAGAAGCCGCCGCGCAAGGUAUAUCCGGAUUACUAUGACAUAAUACAGAAUCCCAUCGACAUGAACACCAUUGAGCACAAUAUACGGGCCGAUCGCUAUGCCACUGUUGAGGAUGUCGUUUCUGACUAUCGGCUCAUGUUCUCCAAUUGCCGACAGUACAACGAGGAGGGCUCCAAUAUAUACGAGGAUGCCAAUACUCUAGAGCGUGCCUUGAAUGAAAAGCUCAAGGAAUUUCCUGGUCUGGUUGAGGUCAAGAGACCACUUCAGAAAUAUAAGCUGGGAAGGAAGCCAAAGGCAGCGCUGCUAGCUGACCGCGAGCGUCUCUGGCAGUUCUAUGAAACGCUGCGAGACUAUCAAGAGCCGAAAGGCAAGCGGCAAUUGUCGCUGAUUUUUACAAAGCUGCCGUCCAAGAGCGACUAUCCGGAAUAUUAUGACAUCAUAAAGGAUCCCAUGGACAUGGAGCGGAUCGCCCAAAAACUGAAGCAGGCUGCAUACGAAAGCGUGGACGAAAUCGCCGCUGAUUUUCUCCUUAUGCUCGAGAAUGCCUGCAAAUACAAUGAGCCCGACUCGCAGAUCUACAAGGAUGCAUUGGUGUUGCAGCAGUUGACGCUGCAGCUGAAGCAGCAAUUGCGCACUGAGCGCGAUGCACUGCCCGAUGUUCAGUUGGCUGUUCAGGAGCUGUUUUUAACUCUCUUCUCGACGGUCUACAACCAUCAGGAUGAGGAGGGACGCUGCUACUCGGACUCUUUGGCUGAGCUGCCCGAGUACGAUGAAUUGGGCGAGGGCGCAAAGGUACGCGGAAUCUCUCUGGAUCUGAUCAAGAGGCGCCUUGACAAAGGCGCGUAUAAGCGUUUGGACGUAUACCAAGAGGAUGUAUUUGCCUGCUUGGAUCGGGCGCGUAAAUUGUCGCGCACUGAUUCGGACGUCUUCCAGGACUCCAUCGAGCUCCAAACGUAUUUCAUACGAAAGCGAGAUGAGCUGUGCAAGGACACGUUGAGUUCGCCGGCGCUCGCAUUCACAGUGGACAAAUUGCUUGCAGAUGUGGAGGUAAUGCGGCUACAAAAACUGAUGCAAGAGGAGCAGGACCAGGAGCAAGAGAAGGAGGACUUCAAUGCAAGCGCCAAAGGCGAAAGCAUGACAAUCAACCAGCAGGUCUACUCGCCUGGCGACUACGUAUACGUGCAGAUGCCUGACAAUAAGAUUCCCAGCAUUGCAUGCAUCGAGCGGCUGUGGACUACCCCGACCAAUGAGAAGCUGAUGCAGGCCUCAAUCUUUCUGCGACCCCAUGAGACCUAUCACGUCACGACUCGCAAGUUCCUCGAGAAAGAGGUAUUCAAGAGCAGCAUCUCGCAGACCAUAUCCAUGGACAAGGUGUUGGGCAUGUGCUACGUCAUGCAUAUCAGGGACUAUAUUAAGCUACGCCCGGAUGGCUUGCCCGAAAAGGACGUGUUUGUCUGUGAGUCACGCUACAACCUGCAGGGACGCUGCUUCAAGAAGCUCAAGAAUUGGCCAACGUCGCGCGAGAGCACGAAUACCUCGGUGAGAUUUGUGCCGCGCGAAACGCCAUUGGAGCUGAAGCGUGUGAUGUCCGUAUUCAAGGAACGGAUCGAGAAGCACAAGGGUGAACUGGAAGAGCUUAAGAUGCAGGAGGUCCUAAUCGAAAAGGAGAAGCCCAAUGUAACCUGUGACGCGCCACCAAAUGCACAGGACAACAGCGUCUACUAUCAGCAGUACAACACCAUUUGCAGCGGGGUCAUCAAGACCGGGGACUACGUAUAUGUGGCCACGCAGAGCGGCAAGCAGUCUGUUGCCCAAGUCCAGCAAAUCUGGGAGAUAAAUGGCAAGUCGUACUUCAAGGGACCAUGGCUGCUGUCGCCCAGCGAAACAACGCCGGCUUUGGGCAAGCAGUUCUACCGCCAGGAGCUGCUUCUCAGCACUGUUGAGGACAUGAGUCCUGUUAUCAGCAUCGUGGGCCGAUGCGCUGUGCUGGAGUACGCCGAGUUCAUUAGCUCCCGGCCAACCGAAAUCGCUGAGAGCGAUGUGUACAUAUGCGAGUCUGUCUACGAUGAGCUGAAAAAGGCUCUGCGGAAUCUGGUAGUUGGCAACCUGCGCAAGUUCCAGCACAGCGCAGAGGUUACAGAGGAUGAGAUCUUCUACUUUAAAACGCCUAUAAAACCGACGAAGGAUGUUAAAACCGAGUUGAACGAGCUGGCCAUGCUAGAAGACUCCAUGGAUGGCGACACACCGUCCCUGAGCUCGGAUAUAGUGGCAAUAUCGUCCCCAGCACCGUCGAUCAACUCCACGCCGCUUACCUCUAAAGCAAAAGUCAAAACGACCAAGAAGAGCCUCACCGGCUAUAUUCUCUACUCCAGUGAUGUGCGAAAGGGUAUAAGUCAGAGCAAUCCGGAUGCCACAUUUGGUGACAUUUCGCGCUUGGUGGGCAACGAGUGGAAGAGUCUGCCAGCCAGCGUCAAACAAAGCUGGGAGGAUCGCGCCAACAAGCUGAACGAAGAGGCCGCCAUGCGUCGCGAGCUUGACGAUAACCAAAACUGCGGCAGUCCAUUGCCUCAGCACUCUAUGAGUAGCCAGGAAGCUAGUCCACCGCUGACCUACGAGUGUCAGUGGGACAAAUGUGACUUUCAGUUCGAGGAAAUGGCCGACUGCACCGAGCAUUGCCUGUCGGAUGGCACCGGGCACAUAAAUCGGCAUCCGCAAGCGGGAGUCGAAAUGGAGUACGUCUGUCUGUGGCGCAAUUGUCCUCGCAUUCGCAAGUCGAUACAAGCGUUCCCCAAUGUGCUGCGUCUCGUCAAGCAUGUGCGCGAGGUGCAUCUGAGCAAAUGUGGCAAGCCGCUUAGCAUCGCAGAACGAAGCAAGAACUUUAUACCGCGCAAGCAGAAGAAUCAACCGCAAUUACCUUUAACGAUGCCAUCCAGCAAUGUCAUGUCACCGCGGGCGCCGCUCAACGCGGAGAUAUUGCAGCAACAGCAGCACCAAUUGCACCUGCAACAGCAGCAGCAGCAGCAACAGCAACAACAACAACAACAGCAACAACAACACCAAAUGCAGACCAUUGUUGCGGGACCGCCUCCAGAGCCUAUGUUCGUUACUGUGCCACCCCGUGCCAAUCGUGUCAUCCAUUCCGAGGCGUAUAUUAAGUACAUUGAGAGCCUGCAGACGGGCAGCCAUUUGAGUGUCAGUGCCUGCAACAACAAUUGGCGACGGUCACUAACCCACGUGCAUCCCAACCAGGUGGGCAAUACGAAACUGCCGGAGCACUGGCUCGGCCCCGAUGUACGUGACCGAGAAAAUGUGGUGCAGGCGCUGUGCCAUUUACGCAAUUUCAUGCUGGACGACGUACUCGAAAUCCGACGCAGCUGCAACUAACCUUAGUUCUCCAUUAAAAUCUCAGCUUACCUUUCUGUCAAAAAAUACAAACAAAGAAAUAUGUAAGAUAACUAA